AAAUGCAUUAAAAGUGCGCCAAUAUAAUCUACACAGCUCGGUAGUGUUUGCAUUUAAACUAUUCUCGCUUCGAAGUUAGCAUACAUAAUCAUUAUAUCGAGCACUGUAAAAAUAAGUGGACAUUUCAAGCAGAAAGUUAUUGGACAAAGUGAUUGAUUUAAAUAGAGCAGUUCAUGCAUUUAGCUGAAGAAAACAGGCCGGCAGACAUAUGGUUGGACUCCUCGGACGGAAUACCUAGUCUCGGGGGCCGAGUUCUUGAAAUACGCAAAGAAAAAUCCCGUGAUGCUGCGAGAUCCCGUCGUGGGAAGGAAAACUACGAGUUUUACGAGUUAGCCAAGUUACUGCCGCUUCCAGCCGCGAUCACUAGCCAGCUUGAUAAGGCGUCUAUCAUACGACUGUCGAUCAGCUACCUGAAACUACGAGACUACUGUGCUCAUGGAGAGCCAUCAUGGACCAGAGACGCUCAAGGUGCAAGGCGCAUGAAGUCCAGUACAGCAAGUGACAUGUUUGAACAGAACCAGGGCGCUUAUAUCCUUCAGUCGCUAGAUGGAUUCGCAUUUGUAUUGGGAAGCGAUGGACGAUUUCUGUAUAUAUCCGAAACAGUAUCCAUUUACCUAGGCCUGUCGCAGGUGGAGAUGGCAGGAAGCAGCAUAUUCGACUACGUUCACAGACAGGAUCAAGAGGAGCUGGCUGCACAUUUGGGGCUCGUCCUCUCAAGUAUUACAAGCACACUUAAUUCACCAUCACCAAUAGAAGAUAGUCCUCAGAGCACAAGAGCUGAAACACCUUUGCACGAUAUGGUGCCAUCGAUGACUCCUGAUGCCGAAAAAGGUUUAACUCGAUCUCUUUGUGUACGAAUGAAGUCAACUCUAACGAAGCGAGGUGUUCAUAGCCGGUCAUCGGGAUAUAGAGUAGUGCUUCUUCUAGGACAGUUUCGGUGCCAAUGCGAUGUGGAUCACAACAUGGUCCAGUCGUUAGUAGGAUUUUCAGGGGUUGCCAUUGCCCUUCCACCACCAGCAAUAACCGAGUUGCGUAUUGAAGCUGACACGUUUAUCAUGAGACUUGCAUCUAAUUUAAAGAUUAUUUAUUGCGAGAAUGUCAUAAACGAAAUGACUGACUGGAAAACCGACGAUAUUUGUGGCAAGGAUCUGUUCUCCCUUUGUCAUCCUGGUGACAUUCCGCGUGUGGUUAAAGUACACACCGAUCUGUUGAAUAAAGGUCAAGUUUUGUCGCCCUCUCUGCGUCUCCUGAACAAGGGUGGUGGAUAUAUUUGGAUCCAGCUGUGCUGUACAACACUAUAUAGCUCAAAAACAUCGGACGACCACACAUUCCUAGCUAUUGUCCAAACAGUAAGUGGAAUUGAGAACAGGGACCUCGUUUUGGAUAUAAGUCAGUUAAAAACCUCGGGAAUAACGUCUAGAUCCACAGUUUUAUCUGAUAUCGAUUCUGUUGUUGUUGACCCACAAUCGUGCAUGAGCCUUUCGACAGAGGACAGCCAGACAGCUUCUAACAGCGAUCAAUCCGACACCGACGAAAAGGAUACUUCAGAAAAUCAAUUAAUGAAUAAGGAAGAUAUAAGAACAAAAUCUGUGUUGAAUAAAACAAAUUCUUUUAAAAUAAAAGAAAAAAAAUCCGAUAAUCGAAUUUCUCGAAGGAAAACCGAUCGUCCAAAGAAACGCAAGCGGAAAUCAGAUGCUGAUCAAUCGCUCGUUUCUCAAACCCAUCACGAGUUGAUCUCAAAGAAUACAGAACCACAUUGUAAUUAUGUUUAUUGUUGUGAUUCUUAUCAAUUAGGAAUGAAAAAGCAUAGUUCAGUAUGCAGUGGACACAACUCUUCAAAUAAGCGUGCGCUAAAGAAUGGCACUCUCUGUCUCAAUGAAAAGACCUCGGCACAGCAGCUAAAUCCUGAAGAUUUGUCGAUCAAACAAUCUUCGUCACAUCGGACCAAAACACAUACAACCGCCGCAAAUGCAACAGUAUCAACUGAAUGUUUAAAUGGUGCAUCGAAUUAUUUAAACGCGUCUGAAACAGCAAAAUGCCGCCAAUUGACAUCCAAGUUGCGCUUACCUGAUGAUGACCAAUUACAAAUAAUCGAUCCAGUUUGGUUUAGGCAGUGUCACCCUCCCUCUACUAGAUCACUUCAUUUGUUGAAGUACAACAUGCUUGCUAAUCGCGACACUGUAAUUCGAACUAGUCUCACAAAAAACUCGUCAGACUCUAACAUGUCUUCAGAAAGCAUGCAAAAGGACUCAUUUCGACUCCAUUUUCCUACUCUGAAUCACAAAAGCACGAAUUAUAAAAUUCCCGAUAUUGGCUUUCUUAUCGAUGAGUUAGGAACAAUACCGGCGGAAUCAAUCGCACCACCUGAAACGUGUGUUUUUUCUGAAAGUGAUUUAAGUUGUCCUCACGCUAAAAUAGUGACAAAUCCUGAAUUUUCUUUUGAAAAAAGCAAUGCAAUCGAAGGAAUUUCUAGUCCAGUCGAACAACCAUUCCUGAGAACCCAAAGUUACAACAACAUGUAUUAUAUUGCUAGCUCCAAUCAAACCAUUGCAAGUACUUCGAUCCAGUACCGCACGAAUUCUACACGUACGUUUUGGUAUGGAUCCCCUAAUGCAUCGUGAUAAUCGAAUUCGUAUUCCUUCGUCGUUUUUGGUAAAAUACUUUUAUGUGGAUUUGAUAAGAGGUUGUUUAUAUUAUGUCGCAAAUACGCUUAAGUCUACAUUUCGUGUUCGAAAUGUGAGUGGACAGUUCAACAGACAUCGUAAGACAAUAGGCUGUCCCUCAGCUGCAAAACACCAGCGAUUGUUCGUCAUAUUUUUAAACAUAUAAGGCCAAAUUUUCGGAAUGUUGGCAUAUUGUGUAAUGUACGGUGAUAUGUAAACUUGGGUAUGUCGGAUAAUUUUGUUCAACUGAAUAAAUAUUUAUUUCAUCA